AAUUAUAAGGAGCGCUUAGUAUGAGCUGUGACCAUGAAGAACGCGGGUAGCGCUUCAGGGGUAAUAGUAUCACUUAUUUUGCGAUACUUUUUUAUUUCUGCUUUGUGAACAGCCCAAAAUCGAAAUUAAUUAUAAGUAAAUUUGAAGGGAACGCGUAAGUUAAAUUUGUUACAGGCGUAAAAUGCUCCGGAGAAACCAUAAUUUAUUAAGCUACAUUGAGCAUGUGGGGAACUCCGAAUUGGUCCAUAAAGCAACUUAGGAAAGAUAUAAAUUGGGGAAGCGUUUGACCCAGCCGGAUGUCUUACUAACGGCUGUUACUCCUAAUGGAGCAUAGGCCACCGACCAGCAUCCGACAACCCACUCUGUCCUGGGCCUUCCUUUCUAGUUCUAUCCAAUUUUUGUUCAUUUUUCUCAUGUCUGUCACCAUUUAUCGACGUAAUGUGUUCUUUGGUCUUUUUCUUCUUUGGCCUUGAGGAUCCCAUGUGAGGACUUGCCUUGUGACAUGGUUGAGUGCUUUCCUCCAUGUGUGUCCUAUCCACUUACAGCGCCUCUUCCUGAUUUCUCCCUCCUCUGGAAUCUGGCUUGUUUUCUCCCACAGUAGUUUGUUGCUGAUAGUGUCUGACCAACGGAUCUGAAGUAUUUUGCAUAGACAACUGUUAAUAAACACUUGUAUCUUCUGGAUGAUGUCUUUCGCAGUUCUCCAGGUUUCCGCCCCAUACAGUAGAACUAUCUUGACAUUUGUAUUGAAAAUUGUAACUUUGGUGUUGGUUGACAGUUGUUUUGAGUUCCAGAUAUUCUUCAGUUGUAGAUAUGCUGCUCUUGCUUUGCCGAUCCGCGCCUUCACAUCUGCAUCAGAUCCACUGUGUUCAUCAAUGAUGCUGCCCAAAUACGUAAAGGUUUUUAAAUCUCCCAAAACUUCGUCAAGUGUUAUUCGAUUGUUUCAUGCUGUGUUCUAUCGGAUAAUCUUGCUUUUCCCUUUGCGUAUGUUGAGACCUACUACUGCUGAGACUGCUGCUACACUGGUCGUCUUCUGCAAUUUUUUUGCGUUUGCGAUAGAAGAGCCAGAUCAUCUGCGAAGUCUAGAUCGUCCACCUGCAUCCUAGAUGUCCAAUGUAUCCCGUGCUUCUCCCCAGGUGUUGACAUCAUGAUCCAGUCGAUCACCGGGAGAAAGAGUGAGAGUAAGCAACCUUGCCUGACACCGGUCUUCACCUCGAACGAGUUUGUCAACUGUCCUCCAUACACGAUUUUGCAGUUUAAUCCAUCAAAGGAAUUCUGUAUAAUACUGACUAUCUUCUGAGGCACGCCAUAGUGUCGAAGAAGCCUCCAUAGUGUUGUCCUGUUCACGCUAUCAAAUGCUUUCUCGUAGUCAAUGAAGUCUGUGUAGAGUGAUGAAUUCCAUUCAAUUGACUGUUCCACAAUGAUCCGUAGAGUUGCGAUUCAGUCUGUACACGAUCGAUCCUUACGAAAUCCAGCUUGCCGGUCUCGGAACCGGAUGUCUACUAGCAACCUAUUCCAGAGGCUUGCAUAUCGUGUUACAAAGGAAGUUGACUUCAGUGUGCUUGAUGUUCUCGAUAUCCCACUGUUGAUUUGUGUGACGGCCACAAUUGAUUUCUUCGAUCGUUGGUGGAAUGACAUCUAUAGGAAGGUCUGUAUAUACUGUUUCGAUAACCGGUGAAUUCAGUGGAGCUGGUCUAUUCAAGAGUUCCUCGAAGCGUUCUACCCAUAUGUUCCCCUGUUCUUGAAUCUCGGUGAUUGGCUAGUCUUCUUCGUCCUUGACCGGUCUCUUUGGUUUACUAUAUUCCCCUACCAGUUUCUUCGUCGUGUGAUAUAGUUGUUUCAUAUUUCCUCUUGUAGAACUGAUCUUUAUCAUCGUUAUUACUAUCAUUGGUGGGUACAUUACAUUGGAUAACAUUCAUUGUAAUUCCCUCCUUUGUUUUGAAGGAUGCUUUGAUGUUCCAGGAUCCAUGAGAUUGCCAUCCUACAAGUGCAUUACGUGCUUGUUCCGACAGCAUCAGGGCAACUUCGUGAGUGUGUGGAGCAUUUUCUUGUUCGUGACCAGAGUACGUGAGCAUCUUUCCCAAAUCUAAUGUUUUCUGUCCAGUUUGGGUCCAAUAAGUUUCAUUGAUUCCGAGAACUGCCAAUUUGUAUCAUUUCCGUUGCUAUUUAAUUGGUCCUCCCGGUCUCCCACAUUGUCUGGACAUUCCGUAUACCUAUAACGAAUGUUGCUCUGGUUGUUAGAAGGGGCAUCGACCUUGUGACUUCCGAAGAAUUUCGGCUUUCAUGAUGAGGCGUGAUAAUGAAGAUGCUUGAACUCGGAGAACAGAGUUUAAAUUGUUUAUUCUGGUUAGUAUUUGUUUUCAGCUAGGUUGUUUUCUACGGGAUAGGGUUGCCGACCCCACUCCCAACCCUCUUCGUUUGUGUUGGCUUGGGAACGGCAGUAGCCCUAGAAGAGUAAUUGGACUCUGACCAAUAUCAUGAACUCUAAUGUAUGCACGAUUGACGACUUUUCCGAGCUUAAGGAUCUAGUUGAGAAGUCCCAUAAUGUUAAGGCAGAUGUAUCUGAUGAAAUCAAGAACUUACUUGCUAGAAGAAGUGAAAUAGAGCACAAAUUAAAAAAGAUAAACUCUCUAAUACCUGAUUUCCAUAAGUUACAAAUAAAUGCCGAAAAUUCUUCAAGAUUGGUGGGCUGUGCUUCAAAACUUGCUCUACAGCUCAGUGGAAAAGUGGAGCAAUUAGAUUUUGUGAAAAAUCAUGUUCUUAAUUGUGUAGAUAAACUUAGUCAUAUAAUUACUGUAAGGAACAGUGCAGUUGGAGUGAAACGAUGUCUCAUUGACUCUAAAUUAGAUGAAGCCGCUGGUUACGUGUUUACUUAUCUGGAAAUGGAGAGAGACAUAAUUUCUCUUAUCUCUCGUCUAUCAGCGGAUAAUCCUGAUAAUAACCCAUUGAAAACUCUGGAUGACAGUCGACAAAUUCUCGUAAAGAUGGCAAUUGGGAAAUUCGAUGAAUAUGUUUCGAAACGGGAUGAAAAGAAUAUAGUACAUUUGUUAAAGAUAUUUUUCUUAUUGGGCGAAACCAAUGAAGGAAUUCGACGAUUUUCUACAUAUCUUUGUUCAUACAUUUCAAAUAAGUGUGAAAUAUUGAUAACUAAUUAUAAAUCAUCUUCAAAAUCAUCUGAAUUUGCAUCAGCUAAUCUAAUCACAGAAAUUUUAGAGUUUGUUGCGGAUACAUUAAAAAAUAAUUCAAUGUACGUCGAAACAUACUGUGGCCCCGGCAACGUAUUUGGGUUUGUAUCUUCUGUUCAUUGUGUCGUUGACCAAUACGUCAAGUGUGUAAUCGAGCGUUUCUAUAAUUAUCAUCAUCUUGAUGAACUUUGUUCAGUGCUCAAGAAAUUAAAUAGUAAUAGUUUAAACAGUAAAAGACAUGAUUCAUCAGCUCAAUCGAUCAAUAAAGAUAAAAUAUUGGAUUCAAACGAAUUAGGAUCAGAUCGCGUAUUGAUCAUUGAGCCUAUAAUUGUUGAAACGUUACAGAUCAUUACAUGUUCAGAACUUUAUUUGAGAUUUAUACAGAGGCGAAUUUCUGCUGAUAUCAAACAGUGCAAUCUUGCAGAAAAUGAUUUUAAAAAAAAAAGUAAUGAAAUUUCAAAGUUUUUUGAAAAUUCUCAUCUUGUUUGUCAAGUACAAGAUUUACUCAAUAAAUAUCUUAAUUUAGAACAAUAUUAUCUUUAUGUGACAAUGAUAAAGGCAUUAAAUUCAGAUGAAGUCGACUCAUCUAGUAAUAUAUGGUGCUUUAUUGACGAUGUGUUUUUCAUCACUAAGAAAAGUCUUGUUCGAUCUCUUUCAUCUGGUAAUGUGGAUACUAUUUGUGCUAUGGUGAAUCAUAGUUGUUCAAUGCUAAUUGAUCUUAUGGUAAAUGAUUUUCUGGGCAACGUUAUUCGUACAGGGUUUCCUUCGGGUUGGGUACAAGAUGCAUACACUUAUGUUCAGAAUAGUGUUGCUGUAGCUGGUUCACUUAGUUCUUCUUCAUCCAUUGUCAAUGUUCCAACAGUAUCAUCAUUUAAUAUGAUUGGACCUAAUGCACUUACAAGAUAUCAUUUUCUAAUUACUCUUAAUAGUAUUGAAGCAUCUCAAAAAGAUUUAUUGUCACUUGUUAAUCAUCUUGAAAGUGAAUUAAAUUUACUUUAUCAAAAUCAAGAAAUCAAUUCACAAAAACUUAAUAUGUGUAUCACGGAAUUAAAAGUUUCUAUCUCAGAUCAACUUCAAGCAUUACUUGAUUCUGCAUUCGAGUAUCUUUCAACUAGUGUUAUUCAAAGUCAAGUAAAAACUUUGUUAAAUGUUUUCAAAUCAUUGAAAUAUGAUUUAAUUGAGGAGGAUCUAGAUGUUUUCGCUGCUAAUGAUCGAUGGAUUGAAUCAUGUAUAGCUCAUACAGAAGAUUUUCUCAAACCAUUUAGGUCUGUUCUGUCAACUGAGAAUAACGAUCGAUUUGUAUUAAUUCUCAUCAAUGAAAUUUUGCAUCAACUUGAUCAAUUUAUUCAAAGGAAAUCUUUCAGUAGAUUUGGAGCUAUUCAACUAGAAAAAGAAUAUCGUAAUUUGUUUGCAUAUUUGACAUCAAUAUCUUACAGCUCUUUGCGUGAUUAUUUUACGCGUAGUUUACAAAUUUGUAGACUUUUAAACUUGGAUCGAAUUGAAGAAGUACAUUAUUAUUGGAAUAGUUCUAAUUGGCGUCUUACUGCACAUGAAGUCAGAAGUAUUCUAUCUCUAAGACGUGAUUUUGCUGUAAAUGAAAUUCGUGCACUUAAACUACAAUGAUCUUACGUUUUGUCAGUUGUUCUCCUUUCUUUUUUUCUCUAAAUGUUUUCGUUUUGUUUUUCUAAUUUUUACAAUCUAAUAAAAUUUAUGGGAUAUCUCAACUGUUGUUACCAUAGAAUUGGUUAGUUUUUACAAAUUUGAUAGAGUUGAAUUAGAGGUUUUCUUUUUUCAGUUAUGAAUUCUUCAAAUUCGGCAACAAAAUUGACCAACUAUUCAUAUUAAUAUUAUUCAUGAAUUUAUGAUCAACACAAAUGGAAAAUUUAGAAUUACAUUAGUUGAUAAUAAUUGAAUUACAAUAAUUGUGAGUACGGUACAAAACAUUGACUGGUCAAACAAUGUCAAAUCGUUUCAUAGAAGUCAUAAGCGAACCAGUUAACGGAGUGUUAGUUUUAUUGAUGAAUAUAAAAGUGAUUUAUGCAUGAAACGACCUGAUGAUCUUUCGAAAUCCUACUGACAGUGAUGAUAUUAAUUAAGACACGAAAAGCAAACACUCGAAUAAUUUCAUCUUUGUCAUACAACAGAAUUAGUUAACUACUUCUAGUGGAUUCUCUUUGUAUCCUUUCUUUCUCUUAGAUAUACAUAUACAUAUAUAUAAUCGAAUAUAAGGAAAUUUCUAGAAAUACUAGAACAAGGUCAAUCGGGCCAGUUUAGCUACAGUGCUUCAUUUUUAUUCUGACCAUCAAAAAAACGGAUUAUUGUAUAUGACAUUGCUAUGGUAAUUAUGACUGAUGUGUUUACGAAAGCUAAAGUGAUUUAAAAGUGUUUCAUAAAAUUGUAACUAAAUUAUGUUUACCACAGGCUUACAGCUAAAUCGUGCUGAAACUCAAGUAUUUUAGUGGAUACACUCUACUUUGUAUUAUCUAAUGAUCGUUGAGAAAUAUGUAUCUUUAUUCGUUUCAGUGUUUUAUAAAACAAUACAAGAUGAAAUUGCCUAGAAAAUAAAUGAUUCGCACGAGUCAGUCUAUGGUUGCAUUUCCAUAUAUAUUCAGUUUGAGCAUAACAAAACGGUUCCUCGAAUUGAAGACAGUCACGCUCGUUGAUUAGAUAUUCCAUAUUUUAUUGGAGGAUCAAUAGUCUUUUUUACAAAAUGCUUUAGGUAUUAUGGUUUGUGUAAUUUGUAGACGAUAUUCGUGAAUUAUUGACCGCAUUGGCUUACUUUGAAAUAAAUUGGUAAGUCUCCGUUGUGAAAUCGUCACCGGUUGGACUCAACUAGCUUGGGAUUGAUGCAGUCGUCAACAAAAAGAUUAAAUGAUCGUAUCAAUGUUUUUGGUACUAAAUGAUGUUAGAUUUGGUAUAUUGUCGAACCCCCUCCUAGUUGUCUAAUAGCUAAGUGCUCUCUUCGAGAUAUAUGAUCAACCUGUAACGAAAAUAUUUUAGACUAUUAAAUUAUGGUGAGAUUUGAUCAAAUGUUCUUCAGGGCAGUAUGAACAUUGCUGUAUAUUAGAGUAAAACCUAUUUAGGGUCUAAUUUAAAACAAAACCGUUUGGUUGUGUGUUCUAACUUUCACUACCG